AUGGCCGGCGGCGUUGUUUUUCUAUGGGACGCCGCCGCCGGAGAAUACUAUGCGCGCACGCACACAAACGCACACGCACAAUGGACCGUGGUCGGUGUACGUGUGCGUGCGCGCGCGAUCAACGUCGACGAGGGUGGGUGGCGGUGGCGUACGACGACUACGACGGCAUUCCACUAUCGUAACCCACCCGCCCCGCCAGACCGUAGUGGUGCUCCGGCCCCGACCCCGACCGACUGCGGGCCGCGACACCCGUACUACGAACCGGCACGCCGCAGCGCGCCGUACAGCAGGUGGAUCCAUACGCCGUGA